UUUGUUUAUUUCAUUUUUUUUUCUCUCUCCACCCAAGUUAAUGUUGUCAUCAUCACCACCUUUCACAGAAGGCCUUCCUUUAUUGGUUUAUUGGUUUAGAUUGUUCGUAUGUUAGCUCUGGGAUGUCAGAUGUGAUUAGAUUCCCCAAAAGUUUAAAAUACAUGCGCGUUCGAUGUAUCUUUUUAUACUCGUAGACCAUAAUUAUUCCUUUCUUCUUCCAAAUUAAAAGCCUUAUCAAAGGUUUGUGUUUCUUUUUUCUCCAUAUAUAUUCCUUGAAUUCGGUUUCAUCAUUCAGGGUGUUUUUUUUUUUUUGAUCCCUCGAUUCUCCAGAAGCUACUUCUGAAUCAUAUGUAUGGAUUCUUUGGUGGUGAGUGGAGGAGACUUCAGAAGCUCCUUCUUUCAAGCCCAGUUUUGAUGCAGGAGAUAUCGGAAUAGUACAUGGGAGAUAAACAAGAAUUCAAAGCGCAAACUUUUGUUUCAUCCUUUGAGUUUCAUCACAAUUCAAGGGAUGAUUUUUUUUUUUUUAAAUUUCUUUGAAGAAAUGAUGAUCGUUGCGGAACAAAAAUGCAAAAUUUGAUCUGGAUUUUCACCGGAAAGAAGAGAGAAAAUUCUUGAGCUAGUGAUCGUCAAAUUAUUUCUAGAAGAAAAGGGUUGUACUUGUUGAGCCAAUGGAGGAAACAGCUGCGCAGCCGCAGGCAGGGCAGCCAAGCCCACCGAGGAAGAAGAUAACCAAGCAACUCACCGGAAAACGCGACGAUUCUGCGCUACAUUCCGCGGCGAGAGCAGGAAACGUCGCCGUCGUGAGAGAAAUCCUCACCGGCGCCGGAGAGGCUGAGUUGAAGGAGCACUUGUCGAAGCAAAAUCAGUCCGGCGAGACCGCCCUGUAUGUCGCGGCGGAAUAUGGAAAUGUUGAUUUAGUCAAGGAGAUGAUACAGUACUAUGAUCUUGCCGACGCCGGAAUCAAAGCCAGGAAUGGAUUUGACGCUUUCCACAUUGCUGCCAAACAAGGAGAUUUAGAUGUGCUUAAAGUCCUUGUGGAGGCCCAUCCGGGGCUAACCAUGACCGUCGAUGUAUCGAACACCACGGCCCUUCACACGGCUGCAACGCAAGGGCAUAGUGAGACAGUGAGUCUCUUGUUGGAAGCAGGAAGUAGCCUUGCCACCAUCGCUCGGAGUAAUGGGAAAACCGCACUGCAUUCCGCGGCGAGAAACGGGCAUUUGAAGGUCGUGAAAGCGCUUCUCCAGAAGGAGCCUAGCCUCGCCACACGCACCGAUAAGAAAGGGCAGACCGCGCUUCACAUGGCCGUGAAGGGGCAGAAUCUUGAGGUUGUGGAGGAGCUGAUCAAGGCUGAUCCUUCAACCAUAAACAUGGUUGACACUAAAGGCAAUACCGCUUUGCAUAUAGCUACCAGAAAAGGUAGAGCUCAGAUAGUGAGACUGCUACUCAGCCAAAGCGAAACCGAUAAAAUGGCCGUCAACAGGUCCGGCGAAACCGCCAUAGACACCGCGGAAAAGACCGGGAACGGCAACAUCUCAGCCAUUCUUCAGGAGCACGGCGUGCAGAGCGCCAAAACUAUGAAGCCGCAGGCGACGACGAGCACAGCCCGCGAGCUGAAACAAACGGUGAGCGACAUUAAGCACGAAGUCCACUACCAGCUGGAGCACACGCGCCAGACGAGAAGGCGGGUCCAAGGCAUCGCCAAGCGCCUCAACAAAAUGCACGCCGAGGGACUCAACAACGCGAUAAACUCGACGACGGUCGUCGCUGUCCUCAUCGCCACCGUCGCCUUCGCCGCCAUAUUCACCGUCCCGGGGCAGUACGUAGACGACCCGAAGCAGAUUCCUCCGGGAUUCUCCCUCGGAGAGGCCAGGAUCGCUUCCAAAGUUCCCUUCCUGAUCUUCUUCGUAUUCGACGCCAUUGCGCUGUUCAUAUCUCUCGCCGUCGUCGUCGUGCAGACGUCGGUCGUGGUGAUCGAAAGCAAGGCGAAGAAGCAGAUGAUGGCGGUGAUCAACAAGCUCAUGUGGCUGGCUUGCGUGCUGGUUUCGGUGGCGUUUUUAGCGCUUUCUUUUGUGGUCGUUGGGGAGAAACAGAAGUGGUUGGCCAUAGGAGUGACCAUCAUAGGAACAACUAUAAUGGCUACGACUCUGGGGACCAUGUGUUAUUGGGUGAUAAGACACAGAAUUGAGGCUUCCAAUUUGAGGAGCAUUCGUAAGUCUUCCAUGGGAAGCAGGUCAAGGUCUUUGUCCUUGUCAGUCAUGUCGGAAUCCGAGAUUCUGAAUAGUGAAUAUAAGAAAAUGUACGCCAUUUGAUAAUUUUUUUUUAAUUUUUAUUUAAAGUAGACACUCUGCUUUUUCGCCAGAGAAUUUUUGUUUUGGCAAAAUCCAAAGGCUAAUGGAUCAUCAUCAUCAGGUAUAUAAAAAUGUCCAUUUUCCGAGCA